CAACACUAUCGAACCAGUUUUAAUCACUCUCACUCACAAGUUAGUCAUAAAAAAAAAAAAAACACAAAAAAGUUUCAAUGGCCGCCUCAACAAUGGCUCUCUCCUCCCCUGCUUUCGCCGGAAAGGCUGUGAACCUUUCCCCUGCGGCAUCAGAAGUCCUUGGAAGCGGCCGUGUGACAAUGAGGAAGACUGUUGCCAAGCCAAAGGGUCCAUCAGGCAGCCCAUGGUACGGAUCCGACCGAGUCAAGUACUUGGGUCCAUUCUCUGGCGAGUCACCCAGCUACCUUACCGGAGAGUUCCCUGGAGACUACGGAUGGGACACAGCUGGUCUAUCCGCUGACCCCGAGACAUUCGCAAGGAACCGUGAGCUAGAAGUUAUCCACAGCAGGUGGGCCAUGCUCGGAGCCCUAGGCUGCGUCUUCCCUGAGCUUUUGGCCAGGAACGGAGUCAAGUUUGGAGAGGCAGUUUGGUUCAAGGCUGGUUCACAGAUCUUCAGCGAUGGAGGGCUCGAUUACUUGGGAAACCCUAGCUUGGUUCACGCUCAGAGCAUUUUGGCCAUUUGGGCCACACAAGUUAUUUUGAUGGGAGCCGUUGAAGGUUACAGAGUCGCAGGAAAUGGGCCAUUGGGAGAGGCCGAGGACUUGCUUUACCCCGGUGGCAGUUUCGACCCAUUGGGUUUGGCUACCGACCCAGAGGCCUUCGCUGAGUUGAAGGUAAAGGAGCUCAAGAACGGAAGAUUGGCUAUGUUCUCUAUGUUUGGAUUCUUCGUUCAAGCCAUCGUCACUGGUAAGGGACCGAUAGAGAACCUUGCUGACCAUUUGGCCGAUCCAGUCAACAACAACGCUUGGGCCUUUGCCACCAACUUUGUUCCCGGAAAGUGAGCCAAGUUCUAUCUGUUUGUAAUUUACUUUUCUUUCAAUCUUUUGAAUUCGAGUGAGAGACAGGAGGAGAAAGAGUAGGUUUGUGUUUGUGGUGGAUGGUAGAGACUUUCAGAUGUAAAUUUGCAAAGACUUUGUAUGAUUUGUCAUUAAUCAAAUAACUCAUUGUUCUCUAAAUAUGUUUCGUAGAACUAUAAUUGAAUUGGAUUUUCAGUUCUUGGGUUCACUCCGUUGUAGAGGCUAUUUCUACAAUCGAGCAACGUGAUUGAACAUAUUAAGGCAAUGGGUACAAAGAUUAUGUUCUUUUCAAAUCAAGAGAAAAUGUGAUUCUCGGAUGUUAGCUUGAACAACACGAAAGAGUCUUUUAUAUAAGUUUUUUAUAUUCCCUUGAUUUAACUUGUAUAUCGUCUCUUCACAAAAUAUGAUCGCAUUGAAG